AUGUCCAACUACUCGCAACAGUCGUACGGUGCCCAGACCCGACCUGCUUUCUCUGCCCUCCAGUCGUCCAGCAAUGCCUCCCCAAGCUACAACAGUGCUGCUGCCUCCAGCAUUGCCUCGCGAUCCUCGACGGGCUCUGCUCCCCCUGUCUCGCCCUCGACGAGUCCCCAGAACCAGGCCUACUUUGGCUCCCUGAACCAGCAGUCGCAGCAGCAGCAACAGCCUCAGCAGCAACAGCGUCUACAGGCCCAACGACACCCCAGUUUCGAGUAUCAGCCCAAUAGAUCAGGGGCAGGCCACACCGCAGCUGAGACGACAAACUACCUCAACCAGGCUGCGCUGCUCGCCGAGGCUGCAAAACGGGCACAAUUGGCUUGCGUCAUGCGAGAUCUCGACGGCAUGGAGCUAUGAGCAGGAAGAGAAGACAGCUGUGGAACACCAAGAUCAACACAGGCGAUACGCCGGUAUCGUCGAGUUGGUGCAGCGCUUCUCUCCUAGGCAAUUGCCGGUAAAAGUCGGCCUUGCACCCUGACAUACUUCACCUGCUACCCAAACUGAGUGGGUCCGGACAACAGAGUCUUCAGAUCUCACCAGGCAAUCACUCCACCAUUUACACCAGACAAUGUUUAGGCUAAUCGUCCCUGUCUUUUCAUUUCCAUGAUCCAGUCUUUUGGGUCAUAUUCCACUGUUGGCUACUUUUUUUCUAUGG